AUGUACGACCUUAGAUUUAAAAGAUGGAUUGCUAUUAAUGCAAACGUGGAGAACCCAGUCUCUGCACAGCUUCAUUAUUCUAUUGUGGAAGAAUUGAGAAAAGAUUCUGUUAUAGCAAAUAUUGCAAAAGAUCUUGGAUUAAACAAACAGGAACUCAAGCCUCGAAGAUUUCAUAUUGUUUCACAUGUUUCAGAGAAAUAUUUUUCUGUGAAUUUAGACAAUGGGAAUUUAUUUGUUAAGGACAGGAUAGACAGAGAGAUGCUGUGUAAUGCAGCACCUACCUGCUCUCUAACAUUUGAUGCAAUAGUUGACAAUCCCUUGAAUGUUUUUUCUGUAGAAAUUGAAAUAAGAGAUAUAAAUGAUAACUCACCAGUGUUUUUCCAUGAAACAAUUACAUUAGAAAUUGUUGAAACAACUGUACCAGGAACCCAUUUGGUUUUGCAUAUUGCAGAAGAUCCAGAUAUUGGCAUUAAUGCUGUGCAAACAUAUGAGCUCAGUGACAACCAGUAUUUUACACUGAAUCAAAAGACCAGAACUGAUGGAAGCAAAAUUCCAGAACUUGUCUUAGAGAAACCUUUGGAUCGUGAGAAUUUAAAGAUCCACAAAUUAUUGUUAACAGCCUUUGAUGGAGGAAACCCAGUAAGAACCGGAACUGCCCUUAUUAGGAUUGCUAUUACUGAUGCCAAUGAUCAUAUACCUAUGUUUACCCAAGAAGUAUAUAAAGUGAGUGUUAGUGAAAGUAUUCCAAUUAACACCACGGUGCUUCAAGUAAAUGCAACAGACAAAGAUGAGGGUGUAAAUGCACAAAUCACAUAUUCUUUAAUCAGAACUUCUGGGGACAGCCUUGCUAGUGCAACCUUCAGCAUCAAUCCUGCAAGUGGUGAAAUUAAGACUAAGAAGAAUUUAAACUUUGAGGUACAGAAAAAUUAUGAAAUGUCAGUAGAAGCUAAAGACGGAGGUGGUUUUGUGGCCCAUUCCAAAAUAUUGAUAGAAGUCACAGAUGAAAAUGAUAAUGCACCCGCUAUAUCUAUUGCUUCGAUAUCUAGUCCUAUUGCUGAGGAUUCAGUUCUUGGUACUGUGAUAGCACUGAUUGAAGUUCGAGAUCCAGAUUCCGCUGAGAAUGGAGAAGUUGACUGUCAGAUAAUAGGAACUGCUCCGUUUCAGUUGGUUACAUCAUCAAGUCGAUACUACAGAAUCAUCACUACUAGUUUAUUGGACAGAGAGAGAGCAUCAUCGUAUAAUAUCACAAUUGUUGCUACUGACAAAGGGCAUCCUCAACUUUCUAGUCAAAAAAUUAUCCAAUUAGAUAUAUCAGAUGUUAAUGAUAAUCCGCCUCUCUUUAUGAAAUCUACAUUUGUUGCUUAUUUACCUGAGAACAACUUACCAGGAGUUUCAGUAUUCAGAAUGCAAGCAUUAGACGUUGAUGUGGGAGAAAAUGCUAAAGUUAUAUAUUCUAUUUCCAUCACAACGUCAGAAGAUUUUCCGGUCUCCUCUUAUUUCUCAGUGAACAUAGAAACUGGAGUUCUUUAUGCUCAGAGAUCAUUUGAUUAUGAGCAGGACAAGGAGUUUCGAAUGGAGAUAACAGCGAAAGACAAUGGAUCACCAUCUCUUAGCAGCAAUGCAACAUUAAUUAUCUAUAUAAUAGAUCAGAAUGAUAAUGCACCAAAGAUUUUAUAUCCGACAAUAGAAAGUGACGUUUCACCUUUAUUUGAGAUGGUACCUUAUGCCUCAGAGAAAGGAGCUUUGAUAACAAAAGUGGUUGCAGUGGAUGCAGACUCUGGGCAUAACUCUUGGCUUUCUUAUCAUUUCAUACAGAUGGCAGAAACAUCCCCCUUUACCAUUAGCCAACACAUGGGGGAGAUCAGGACAUCCCGUGUCUUUCAGGAGAAAGAUGUUUUGAACCAUAAGGUGGUGGUUAUGGUAAAAGAUAAUGGAGAUCCAUCUCUCUCUGCCACAGUUACAUUAAGCCUUGUAGUAGCGGAUACUUUUCAGCAAGUGAUUCCAAAACUCACUGAUCAAGUUGUAGAGGAAGAGCCUUCAUCUAGUAUGCAGUUGUACUUAGUAAUUGCACUUGCUCUGAUUUCUCUGCUCUUUAUUGUAACUGUCAUGCUGGUUAUUAUAUCAAAGUGCAAGGAAUCAAAACCUCCUUUAGAUUUUGGACCCAUGAGUACAAAUCUGUAUUCUCAAUUUGAUCCCAGAAUGCUUUCUCAGUUCAAUGGGACAUUGCCUCUUCCUUAUCCCUACAAUGUGUGUGUGGUUAUGGAUCCAUCUGAAAGUGAUUUUAGUUUGGAAAAACCAAAGCACAAUGUUCCUAUAGACAAUCUUAUUGAUGCUGAUGAUUCAGAACUUGAAAAUGCAACAUCAGAUGAUACUUUGUCAGCUACCAAACCCAUGCAGGUAAACCUUUUAUCUUAUUUAUAA